CCUGUAGCUGAUUCUGAACUAACUACUUUUAUUUCAUCCCUCUAUUAUCACCUGUAUCUCAUCCCUCUAUAAUCAACUAUAUCUCAUCUUUCUAUUAUCACCUGUAUCUCAUCCCCCUAUAAUCACCUUUAUCUCAUCCCUCUUAUCGUCUGUAUCUCAUUCCUCAAUUAUCACCUGUAUCUCAUCCCUCUAUUAUCUCUGUAUCUCAUCCAUCCAUUUUUACUUGUAUCUGUGUUUCAAUUUCUCAGGGAGGCAGGUUUUAGUAGAAGAAUAUGAUGUAGAUAGGCCUCACACUCCGGUACAGUAGGUGGCAGUAUAUGCACUUUUCACAUGAUUGCGAUUCGACAACGAAGAAGAAGAAAAAGCAUAGAGGUUUUGCAUUUUCUUCUUUGAUCUCGUCAAGCUUCUAGGUCUGGUUUAAGAGGCUCCUUAACCGAAAGGAGAUACCUUGCAGAAAGAGUAAGAAAAUUAUGAUUCGUUUGCCUGUUUAGGGAAGAAUAACGAUUGUCCACACCAUACACGGACCCGCUAAUUUAUUUAAACCCCCUAGCUUGAAAUAACAGAAAAACGGAGAACUAGCUCUUAACUGGUUCUCAGUCACCCUGUUCACGGUGGAAUGACCGUUGAACGAGUCGUACACGGAUCGAAUCGUUGAGGCUGGCGAGGAAUAGGAGACGGUACUAGGAAAAUAAUCUGCUUACGUUGCAGAUGGAGGACAAACCCAGCCUGCUGCUCUCCUUCCACACUGAGCCUAAAGAAGAGUCACUGGAUCCUUAUUGGGACAGUGGAACUCAGUGUUCGUUGGUGGAUUCAGAGAUGAAAUCAGAGAAGCUGGAAGACUGCAGUCAAACACUGGGGACGAAUGAUAUUAAAUAUGAAGAGGAGAAGAAGAUUGGGGAUUUUACUAAUCAAGAUGAGUUUGCUGAAGUUCUUACAUUGCCUACACCUGGAGAGCAACAGCAGGAUGAUUGUGAAGAAAAGUCUCACCUCUGCCCCCAUUGUGGAAAACAUUUCCUUUCUAUAUCACUGCUAAAAAGACAUAUUAAUAUACACUCUGGAGAGAAACCAUACUCCUGUUUUGACUGUGGGAAGAGUUUCUCAAGUUCAGGCAGCCUUAAAGGUCAUCUGCGCAUACACACUGGAGAGAACCCAUACUCCCGUCCUGACUGUGGGAAGAGUUUCUCAAGUUCACGCAGCCUUAAAGGUCACAUGCGCAUACACACUGGAGAGAACCUAUACUCCUGUCCUGACUGUGGGAAGAGUUUCUCUUACAUAAGCACCCUUACUAUUCACCAGCGCAUACACACUGGAGAGAAGCCUUACUCCUGUUCUGACUGUGGGAAGAGUUUCUCUCAAUCAGCCCACCUUAAUAUUCACCAGCGCAUACACACUGGAGAGAAGCCUUACUCCUGUUCUGACUGUGAGAAGAGUUUCAUUUCAUCAUAUAAACUAACUAGACAUCAGAGAACGCACACAGGAGAGAAGCCCUACUCCUGUUGUGACUGUGGGAAGAGUUUCUCAAGUUCAGGCAGCCUUAAAGGUCAUCUGUGCAUACACACUGGAGAGAACCCAUACUCCCGUCCUGACUGUGGGAAGAGUUUCUCAAGUGCACGCAGCCUUAAAGGUCACAUGCGCAUACACACUGGAGAGAACCUAUACUCCUGUCCUGACUGUGGGAAGAGUUUCUCUCACAUAAGCAACCUUACUAUUCACCAGCGCAUACACACUGGAGAGAAGCCAUACUCCUGUUCUGCCUGUGGGAAGAGUUUCUCUCACAUAAGCACCCUUACUAUUCACCAGCGCAUACACACUGGAGAGAAGCCUUACUCCUGUUCUGACUGUGGGAAGAGUUUCUCUCAAUCAGCCCACCUUAAUAUUCACCAGCGCAUACACACUGGAGAGAAGCCUUACUCCUGUUCUGACUGUGGGAAGAGUUUCAUUUCAUCAUAUACACUAACUAGACAUCAGAGAACGCACACAGGAGAGAAGCCCUACUCCUGUUGUGACUGUGGGAAGAGUUUCUCAGGUUCAGGCAGCCUUAAAGAUCAUCUGCGCAUACACACUGGAGAGAACCCAUACUCCUGUCCUGACUGUGGGAAGAGUUUCUCAAGUUCAGGCGGCCUUAAAGGUCACAUGCGCAUACACACUGGAGAGAACCUAUACUCCUGUCCUGACUGUGGGAAGAGUUUCUCUCACAUAAGCAUCCUUACUAUUCACCAGCGCAUACACACUGGAGAGAAGCCUUACUCCUGUUCUGACUGUGGGAAGAGUUUCUCUCAAUCAGCCCACCUUAAUAAUCACCAGCGCAUACAAACUGGAGAGAAGCCUUACUCCUGUUCUGACUGUGAGAAGAGUUUCAUUUCAUCAUAUAAACUAACUAGACAUCGGAGAACGCACACAGGAGAGAAGCCCUACUCCUGUUGUGACUGUGGGAAGAGUUUCUCAAGUUCAGGCAGCCUUAAAGGUCAUCUGCGCAUACACACUGGAUAGAACCCAUACUCCUGUCCUGACUGUGGGAAGAGUUUCUCAAGUUCACGCAGCCUUAAAGGUCAUCUGCGCAUACACACUGGAGAUAAGCCAUACUCCUGUCCUGACUGUGGGAAGAGUUUCUCUCACAUAUGCAUCCUUACU